GCGAAUGUGCAGAGCAAAGGAAGCGUAAAAUUAUUUUUUUCUGCAACGAGCACACGAAAAGGAAAUAAAUUUUCGAAUUGUCGCUUUUCUCAAUAGAGAACAUAAAAUAUUUUAAUUGUUUGUCGAAAACAAACAUUUGUUGACGUAGUUUGUAGGUGCUUUUAUUAAUAAACAGGACCCUUUAUCGGAAUUGUGGUUGAAAACUCACAGAGCAGAUCAAAAUGAGUGUCGAGGAAGAAGUUUUCAAAAUACAAAAGAAAAUGGGCAAAAUCACAACAGAUGAUGGCACAGGACAAGAGCAAGCUUUGGAUUUAUUAAAGGCAUUGCAGGCUUUGAACAUAAAUUUGGAAAUUUUGACGAAAACCCGCAUUGGCAUGACUGUCAAUGAGCUGAGAAAGAGUAGCAAAGACGACGAGGUUAUAGCCCUGGCCAAAACUCUUAUCAAGAGCUGGAAGCGAUUCUUGGCUCCACCUUCGGCGGGGAGCAAGGAAUCGAGCAAGUCCUCUAGCAAAUCAUCGAGCUCUUCCAGCAAAGACAAGGAAAAGUCUUCGUCAUCUUCAUCCUCGUCAAAGGAUAAAAAGGACGAUAAGAAAUCUUCCUCCUCAUCAGCGGCCAAAGAUGAACGCAAAACAACACAGACUUCUUUCCCGGCCUCGUCUGGCUUAAACGAUGCCGUACGUCUGAAGUGCCGCGAGAUGCUGUGCAAUGCUCUGAAAGUUGGAGAGAUUCCUGAGGGAUGUCCCGAACCCGAGGAAAUGGCUUCGGAGUUGGAAGAUGCCAUAUACAAUGAGUUCAAAAACACCGAUAUGAAGUACAAAAAUCGCAUACGUUCGCGUGUGGCCAACCUUAGAGAUCCCAAAAAUCCCACUCUACGCAGCAAUUACAUGUGCGGAGCCAUUACCGCCCAGCAAUUGGCCAAAAUGACGCCAGAAGAAAUGGCCAGUGAUGAAAUGAAAAAGGUUCGUGAGAAAUUCGUCAAAGAAGCCAUCAACGAUGCCCAACUGGCCACUGUGCAAGGUACCAAAACAGAUCUACUCAAAUGCGGCAAAUGCAAGAAACGCAAUUGCACCUACAAUCAACUGCAGACGCGUUCCUCUGAUGAACCUAUGACCACUUUUGUGAUGUGCAACGAGUGCGGCAAUCGCUGGAAGUUCUGCUGAAAUGAAUCGAAUGGCAACACUCGCAGCGAGGGCAAUUCAUUGCUGGCAGACCGAAACGAACGACCGAACCAUCAAGUCCCCUUCUUUAAAUAUUAUUAUUUUAUAUUUUUUUAAUUCAUAAUUUAAUUCGACAUGCGUUCGUUGAAUAGAAAUUUAUUUCUGCUUUAUAAUUUUUAAGGCGUUAGUUUUUAACUUUAAGUUUCACAAGCCCCACACGAAACGAAGAAGAAGAAAAGGUAAAGAAAAUACUGUCAAUAUAUAGAAACAAAAGUUGUACAAUUUCCCCACAUACACAUUCAACACAGUAUAUAUGUAUUUAUUUAUUGUAUUUUUUGGACAUUGUUUGGUGCAUACAUAAAUAUGCAACCACCAAAUUCCCCAGACCCCUAUUCAUUUUCAAUAUGUAUUGCCACAAAAUCCUUCUUCAUUUCAAUGUGGAGAUCAUCAGAUUAUGGUUUUAACAUACAAACGACCCUGGAAUAAUGUAAAACAAUAAAAUUGAUUGAGAAAUAAUAAAA